GAGGAAGAGAGAACUCAGCAGUCUGGCUCCAGUUGGGGGAUUGAAGGGUGGAGGGGGGGCUCAGGCCUCAGACAUGGUUGUCUCUCCUUCUGGGUGGAUGCUCAUUUCUUCCCUUCCCUGCAGGGCACUCCGUUAUCCACCAGCCUGGCUCUGCAUCCACCUCCAAUAAUGGUGCCUCCCAAGUUGGCAUCUUUAACUGGAUGGCAAUAUACAUUUCAGGUUGGCUCUUUGCAGCAUUCCAGUGGUGCCUGGGAAACGCCUGGCACUGCCUGACCACAGCUGCCUCCCUCCAGGAUUUCUUUCUGUUAAUCAGGAGCUUUUUCACUCGGAAGAAGUUGCUCCUCUUUGUCUUGGGGAUGCUGUUCUUUGUGGCUUCGCUGGCUUAUGGUGCUUGGUGUUUCUACCCCUAUGGACUACAGACCUUCCACCCUGCUAUGCUCUCCUGGUGGACAGCCCGUGGUAGCAGCAGGAGAGAGGACAGGUGGGAACCAGCACAGUCCCCCUCAUAUUUCCAGGUGAGCUUACCUGGUCUGUGCUGGCUCCUUCUGGCGCCUGCAGCUCAGUGA